AUGUCUACUGCUAUAAUGCAUCAGUCUGCGCUGUACGACUUUGGUGAUCUGUUCUUGAAGGUGAGCUCCGAAUACCUGACGGACGAUGAAGUUGUUUCCACUAACCAAUCUCGCCCAGUGCAGACGAUGAAUAGUACAUUAAGCAGCGCCCUCGGCCCAGUCGGCGGUACGAAUGUUACUGCUAGUGUGGGUUGGGAUCAACACCCAGUUCUAGCCAGAGCUGCCUCCGUGCCAGCACAGCGCGCUCUCGCCGGCCUCCUGAACAGCCUCGGCCACCGUCGCCUUGAACGCACCACCAGUGACCCCGCGCCUCCUCCACCAGCCACCAGUCGAUACAAGACCGAACUCUGCCGACCAUUCGAAGAAGCCGGUGUAUGCAAAUACGGUGACAAGUGUCAAUUCGCUCACGGAGUACGAGAGCUCCGUAAUCUGCAGCGCCAUCCCAAGUAUAAGACAGAGUUGUGCCGCACCUUCCAUUCAGUCGGUUUCUGUCCAUACGGACCGAGGUGUCAUUUCGUACACAACGCUGAGGAGGCGAGACGCCGCGAGCCGCCGUCCCCAGGCGGUUCCUUAGCUUCGUUAUCCUCGGGCGGAUCUCUAGCUUCCUACAUGAGCGAUGGUUCCCGUUCGCCCAGAUCUCCUCACUCUCCGUUGACCCCUCAGUCCCCUCUAGCGCCACACUCUCCACCAGCCAUCACUCCUCCGGACUACUCGUUCGCGUUCCGCCGCCCUCAGUCUCCGGAGCCCGAGGAGGACCGACUGCCCGUCUUCAAUCGCCUGUCGUCAGCGUUCGGCGAUCUCGUCAUCGCCUAG